AACACAUCUUUAUCAAACAAAAAUCAUCAAUUCUCUCUAAAAAAUACCCAAAAAAAAAAUAGUUAAUAUGCUCAUGCAUCAUCCGGCAGCAAAAAAUGGACACCGAAGCUCGAGAUGGCCAUCGAAAGGGAACGAUGUCGGUGGAAAUACGGGACAGAGCUUCAAUAGGAAUACAAGAGCCACAAGAGAGAAGAUGCAACAGUUCAGCUCUUGAUCGGCAUCGUAGCGGGAAGGUUCAGACCGGCCAAGGGAUGCAUCAAUGGCACAAGAAUCUCAUGAUCUCAUCCUUCAUCAGCGGCCCUGGAGUGGACGAUAGCGCUAGAAUAGAUUCCGGAUUGGGGAAUGGGCUUCUGAUGGGGAGGGUAGUGGUAGUCGGGUCGGGUCUGUUAGUGGAUCUUGAUCCAUGACCAAACAAAAACAAUGCAAUAAUUCCUCUUGUAAAAAAAAGUUGGAAUCCACUUUUCAAGAUUCCAGCUUACAGAAUCAAACAGUAUCUCUCCGAAACACUUCUACGUUGACCGACUCCCUUGUGCUGUCUACUUUUCUUUAUUCAUAGGGCGGAGCACCUUCCCAUUCUCACAUUCUUCUUAUUCUUCCAACUUCUUCGAACAUUCAGUGAAAGAGUCAUCACUUUUGUUAGGUACUGAAGCCUUUCUUUGUCUGUGUUCAACGAAAGUUACCUGGGUGAACUAGUUCUAGGGAGAGGGACAGAGACUUACUUUCACAGGGCCGGACAUGUUUUUUCCUCGAACUGGCUAAACUCCGAUGCUCAAGUUAGUCACAAUCCAAGAGGUAUAAGAAUUAGAAUUAGAUAGCAUACCUCGGCCGUGUGCUUAAGCCCUGUCUUUAGUGAUCGGCAGGUGAAUCUGGUAGAAAUUCGAGUGGAUCCGGGUUACUGGGGAUUCCGGCCGCAUAGCUUUCCUGAUGGGAGUAUGGGACAGGGUGGACCAAUUCUGGGACUGGGCCGUAACCCUCUGUAAAAUAGUUUUUUGAAUAGUUUUUGAAUUUUUUGUUGUUGGUUACUUGUUUAUGAUGAUAACAGGUGCGUGGCCCUUCGCCUCCUUCAUAUGCUGUGAUGUACACUCUUUGUUUUCUUUGUGGCCCUACUAUAGGGUCUAUGGAGUGCUAGAUUCUUUAUAUAAUAAUCAUCUUGUACGACUGUGUAACUCUUUGAAAUUUGUUGCUAUAAAAUAUACACUUCAUUUAUUUCUUUUUCUUUAUGUUGCUUCUGAUUAUAGACUAUGGAUUCCAAGGUAUCAGGGAUUAUUCUUUUUCAAUUCUCUCUGCGUUUUUAUGUGCAUAUGCUUCACUUUGCUGCUGAAAAUUAUAACUUAAUCUUGAAUUUUUACUGUGUUAUAUGAGAGAUUUCUUUGCUAUAUCCUUGUGGAUUACCUUAAAUUCUGAAAGCAAUUUGUGUACGGAUUUGGAAAUGUACUUGUUGGAGAGCAAGGCGGGUGCCAUAGUUUGCAUGCUUUUGGCCCUUUUCUUCUUGGGGACAUGGCCUGCUAUCUUGACUUUGUUAGAGAGGCGAGGGCGUCUUCCUCAGCAUACUUAUCUUGAUUACUCGCUCACCAAUUUCCUUGCUGCUCUUUUCAUUGCAUUCACAGUUGGUGGGAUAGGCAAGAGCACACCAAGUGCGCCAAAUUUUUUAGCUCAACUUGCUCAGGAUAAUUGGCCCUCUGUUCUGUUUGCAAUGGGGGGUGGUGUGGUCCUAAGCCUUGGGAAUCUGGCCUCGCAAUAUGCUUUUGCUUUUGUUGGGUUGUCAGUUACUGAAGUCAUCACUGCAAGCAUAACUGUUGUUAUAGGCACAAGCUUGAAUUACUUUUUGGAUGGAAAAAUCAAUAGAGCUGAGAUUCUUUUUCCUGGAGUUGGUUGCUUUCUGAUUGCAGUUUGUCUAGGUUCUGCUGUUCAUUCUUCGAAUACUGCUGAUAAUAAAGUCAAGCUCAGCAAUUUAUCAAGUGAUUAUAACGCCGGAUCAGUGGACUCUUUCACAGAGGGAGUAAAACCAAUGGAUCUUGAAAGCGGCGGUGACGAAAAAAUUAAAGCAGGAAGUGCUGUUUUUCUUUUAGAUCUUGAGAAAAGAAGAGCUAUUAAGGUGUUUGGGAAGAACAGUUUCAUUGGAUUGGCUAUAAUUUUUUUUGCCGGAAUAUGCUUCUCUUUGUUCUCACCAGCAUUCAACUUAGCAACAAAUGAUCAGUGGCACACACUAAAGGAAGGGGUUCCCCAUUUGACUGUUUAUACUGCCUUCUUCUAUUUCUCAGUCUCAUGUUUUGUUAUUGCGAUUAUUCUCAAUUUCAUCUUCCUUUACCACCCUGUCUUAAACUUGCCCAAGUCAUCGUUGACGGCGUAUUUCAGAGACUGGGAUGGCAGAGGUUGGGCCUUGUUGGCUGGUCUCCUUUGUGGAUUUGGUAAUGGUCUCCAAUUUAUGGGAGGCCAAGCAGCAGGAUACGCGGCAGCAGAUGCUGUUCAGGCGCUUCCAUUAGUAAGCACCUUUUGGGGCAUUGUUCUAUUCGGGGAAUAUCGGAAAUCAUCGCGGCGUACAUACAUGCUGCUCGGGAGCAUGUUGUUCAUGUUCAUUGUGGCUGUUGCUGUCCUAAUGGCUUCAUCAGGGCGUAGGAAAUACCAAUGAUCAUUUUAUAGACAAUGUAUUCAUAUUAGUAAAUAAGAGAUUUAGUAUUCUUAUUGUUCAUUGGUGUCAACUAGACAAAGUAAACUACUACGAAAAGGGGGAUGGAAAAGCAGAAAUUCAGUAGGUUGAAAUGUUUUCUUAUUUUCCAUGUAUAUUUUGAACUUUCAAGCUGUAUAUGUUGCACAUUAUUUAUCCAAUGUUUCUGUAUACCUCUGUUUUCUUCA